AUGCAAAGUCUUUGCCUCCUGCUCUUGAUAGCCGUCUGUAUCGCAAGUGUUGCCGCUCAGUGGGGAAUGAGCCCCUAUGGAGGUAUGGGAAUGGGUGGACCAGUCGGACCUUUCGGAGGAAGACCCUACGCCCGAUUGCGAGCUAUGCAAAUGUACGGGGGCAACCCAUACGGUGGUUUUGGCGGUCCUAUGGGAGGCAUGGGCAUGAUGAGGCCCCCUUUCUUUGGUUGA